UUAUAUAAAUUUCGUUAAUAAUUUUUACAUCCUAACAUUCCUUCACUAGCCCCAAUCUCAACCGCACCCCCUUCCUUCCUUCCCCGCCGUCCUUUUCUCUUCUUUCCUCCAUCCCUAGGCGUCCCUCCUUCCUCACUUCCUACCUUUCUCCGUCUCUUCCUCCCACAGACUCCGUCGUUUCUGACCUUCUUUCUUAUGUUCUUGUUUUUUGUUGUUGUUGUUGUUGUUGUUGUUGAUGUUCGUUUAGGGAGAAGACUCUUGGAAAAAGCUUGACUUUAUACCCAGGAAAUACAUGGGAAAAGUUAUUGGAAGAAACAAGGGGAAGUUGAAAGAGAUAACAGAGGAUACAGGGGCAGAAUUUAAAACCGACCCCAAAAGCAAUCAGGAUGGCGCGCUCUUUAUCAAGGGAUCUAUUGAGAGUCAGAAGAGAGCUAUUCGAAAAAUAAAAGAAAUCGUGUACAAUUCAGAAAUGAAAGACUCAAAAUUACGCAAACGCAAAGUGCAGCUCGUUCAUGUGGAUACGACCCAGUUGGAUCUGGACCAUGACUUUGAGCUCUCUCGCAUAAAACCUUCAGAUGACGGCAACUCUGGCGAAACUACCUUUGAAUUGAAAUCAAUAGAACCUACUUCACAAGAUAUGGAGGUAAUUUAAGUUAAAGAAUAAUGUAAGUAAAAAGUGUAAGGCUACUUUUGAGCACUGUGUCCUGAUUGUGGCUCUUCAGACUGCUGUUUGUGUGUGGUUUCCAUAGCAUGUAGCGAUAUUAGCAGUAUUUAAGUUACUUGACGGGAUGCUGGUCCAUCGCCAGAUUAUCAUUCCCAGCGUUUAAUUCCUCGCUACGCGAUUAUACUCUUAGCUCCUGCAUAGAGGGAGGCACUGCCAGAUUCAUGAUCCUGUCAGUGUCUUGGCCAAUUCAAAAACCCAACACUUAGCGCGUUUACCACUUGGC